AUGAGUGAUGAGAUUCCUCGAAACAUUGAUCCAAUUCCUGAACACGUUAAGAAUGCGCCUAGUAAAAAGGAAGAAGAUUCUGAUGAUGAAGAAGAAGAGCAUAGUAGGGAAAAAAGAGACGACGGUCCAAGAAUUCAAUUAGGGAAUAAAAUUGAUUGUUUGAAAGUAAGAUAUUUUGGAGAUAAUCCUUUAGACAGCCCAUUUUUCAAAGAGGAAACUGUUGCUGCAGAUGGAACAAAAAUUAUUAAUAAAGUCGAACAAACAAAUCAAAAUUCUACAAAAGAGGAAAGUAGAGAAUCCAAAACUUCAGUUGAAGCAGAUGAUAUUAUUCCAAAAGAAGUUAACCAAGAAGAACCAACAUUAGAACCAGAAGCGCUGAGACGCAAACUUCGCCCAAGAAGACCGAACUACAAAGUAUUCGACGUCAACAAAUAUCUUACAACAACCCCAUUUUCAUUAUUCGAUACUGUUUCUACCACAGUACUUCCAAAAUACAAAGUCUUCAGCGAAGUAUUCUACAAAGACGAAAUCAAACCAAACGAACAACUAAACGUAUUUGCUGACGUGCAGAACAACAUUGAAAAUUCCAACAAUGUGGUUUUACUUCUUGCGCAAUCGAGAUCAGACUUUGCUGAACCAAAUGCAGUUACUAAUAAUGUACCCGAACACAACAUUCCAAAAUCCUAUAACGUCCACAAAUAUUACGUUAAAGUUCCUGGCAAUCAAAAAGUCAUCUUACCAGAAAUUAUCGGUUUUGUGAACAAGCAAAUGAGCCAUGAACGAAUUACUUCAAACCCCACGAUAGUCGACCCAAUACUUCCAACCAAUAAACCCGGGAAAAUCAAAAGACGUAGAAAGCCCACUACAACCACAACCAUACCUGAAGAAGAUAAAGAUGAAAAUACCAAAGAAAAAACAUAUGAUUAUCCGAAACCUAUUAAUUCAAUCAGUGAACCACCUUCAACAGAAGUACCCAUGAACAACUACUAUUUUACUGGAUUGAAACCACCAAGCAACAAAAGAGCCAGACCUUAUUCGGAGUAUACCAAUAUUAAUAGGAAUUUUGUACGUAGAAGAGGUGGGAGAGAAGAAUCAAGCAGGAAAAAGCGAGAGGCUGUCAGACCAGCUUAUGCAGAUUUAUCUAGAAAUAGAGGUAAACUAUUUAAAAAAAAGUUGAAUUAUCUUUGGAAAGACAAUCUGGAUUGA